AUGCUUGGGCUCCUCAUCCUGUGCUUUGCCAUUCUUGGGCUGCCGUUCAGCGUGCCUCUGCGGGUGCGUAGUGAUGCAUUCCUGUCACCACGGUUGUUGCUGCCUGCGUUCCAUUGGGGUCCCACAAGGCCUUUUCAACAAGCAGAUGAGGGAGCCAGAAUCCCCACUGUAGCUCACUGCGCCCUGGCUCUCUCAUGGCUUCUGCGCUGGCCUCUCAGUAGUCAAUGUUGCUGUGCCCUCCGGGACCGCGGACUACGGGGCCCCUACUGCUCUUUUCAGAAAUCCCAAGAAAGACCUGCCCCUAACAUUAAGGCCAUGAAUGCAAAGUUUCUUACAUACGGCACAAAACAUUCAGGAUCGGCUAUAGGAGCAGCAGAACAAUUACCCUUUUCUCCAAAUCCCCCAUCGCUUCCGGAAUGCGACCUCUGGCAUCCUUUAAAGUGUACCCGUGUAUUUGAGGCGGCCCGAAGAUGGAUAAACGCCUCUAGGCCACUGAGGGAAGCCGUUACAGCUGAGGCCAGAUUACGGAUGUUAAUGCAACUGGCAGCGGAGGGCCCAGCACAUGAGGGCCCCUCAAAGUUAGCAGAAUUGCCGCCACAUUCGGGGAUACAGCGGGCAGUAGGAAUAGGAGCUGCUGCAUCAGCAGCACUUGAAGCGGAACCAGGUCAGCCAGAAACAGCCUUCAUAUCACCUUUAUCCGCAGGGGUGACUCUGCUCGACGCAUGGCGACCCGUUUCAGGCUGCGCAGCGGCGGCUACCGUGAGAGUAGCCUUGCAGCUUCCCGUUAAACAUCAGUGCAACGGCAUAAGCCGAAGCGUAGAAGGAUGCAGCAUGGGCAGCAGGCGAUCCAGCAGCUUGUGCUGCACUGCAGGGGAGCUAGGCGCUAAAGUAUACGUUUAUGGGAAAAGCGAUUCUCUUGUUGUUGGUGGCUUACUGCAGUUGCUCACAAGAAGCCUUAGUGGCGGUCCUCCAUGUGGGGCAUUCUUCUUGGCAUCUCUAGGGCCCAGUAGGCUGUUGCGCCGUUGCAACGUGCUGGAUUCGCUGCCGGAUUUCCGCAUAAGGGGCUUUCGGGAGGCCGUUGAACUUAUUUCUCAAUCCACUAGGGAGCUGCUGCUGCACUGGACAAGGUGUGAGAUGGUCUCAACGCAGGGAGAGGGAUGUCCUGACUCUGGUGGGAUCGGAGGAAGGGGCCCUGCAGAGGUAUCCGCUAGCCCAGUCACUGCGGGCAAGGCACAAACAGAAUCGCCAACGACAGCGGCAGCCACAGCGACGGCACUAGUAGCAACGGCAUCAACACCACCACCAACAGGGGACCUGUCAGAUCCCUUCACACUCUCGUUAGAAAACACAGAAGCGCAUCUGGCGCAGCAUGGAGAAUCAGCGAUGUUAGUGGAGAUAAGCCGUGCGGCUCUUCCCCUUGGUGGUGGUGUUGGUUCUGAGGUACACGUGCUAGUAUCUGGGGGAGUGGAUUCUGCAGUAUCUUUGCUCCUUAUGCGCGAAUGGGGCUUCAGACCUAAGCCUGUCUUCCUUAAGGUUUGGGCCCCAGAGGCCGCUCAAAUGAAGGGGCAACUGCACACUCAGCAUCAUAACAGGACGCUUUCUUUCGCUGCUGCUGCUGCCGCUGCUGCAGCUUCUUGCCCUUGGCGUGAGGAUGCUGAGGCAGCAGCGUCAGUGGCAGCUGCAGCAGGUUUGCCGCUUGAGGUGCUCCCCAUGCAGCAGCAGUACUGGGACAGGGUCAUCACCACUUUCGUAGAAGGGGCUCGGGCGGGCUUGACGCUAAAUCCCGACUGGAGCUGCAACUCCCUAGUAAAGUUUGGGGCCUUCGUCGAGACUCUUGGUGAUCGAGACUUUCAUCACGUAGUCUCUGGCCACUAUGCUAGGAUCCAAAUGGAUAGAGGGGCUCCACGGUUGCUAAGGGGAAGAGACUUGACAAAGGAUCAGUCGUACUUUCUUUCUGGUUUGUCCGUCCACCAACUGUCUCGUUGCUUGUUCCCUGUGGGUGCUCUCAUGAAGACGCAGGUGAGGAAGCUGGCGGCUGAGUGGAACCUGCCUUCUUCACAGAGGCCGGAUAGCCAAGGCCUCUGUUUCUUGGGACCUUUGCCAGUGGGACAGUUUCUGAUGCACCUGCUCGGAGAAAAAGAAGGUCCCAUUUUCCACUUUCCAUCAGGAGCACUUGUUGGUCACCACAAAGGCCUUUGGGCAUUUACUGCGGGCCAGCAGAAGGGAGUCCUGCCCCUCUUGGAUCCUCGCUUAUGCCGCCGCUGCGUUGGAGCUGCAGGCGGCCCUCCAACGCUUUCAGGGCCAUGGAGUGUAGUGGGUAAGGUUCCCGAAGCCAACGCUCUUUUUGUAAUCAGCAAGGAGGAGGAGAGAGCAGCAGAAGAGUGCGUCCGUAACCUCUCUGUGGCAGCCAGGAGUUCCCGGAAGUGCAGUGGUGGCUCCCUUCUAGAGGCUGCUGCAAAGACCGACAGAAGGGCCCUUCUUGCUUUGAGACUUAGACAGCUGAGAACUUGUUUAAGGGUGGAAAAUAUACGGUGGUUCAGGGAAGAAGCUCCUUCAGAGUUCGCAGGUUCUAUCGCUGCUCCAGAGACGUCCUACCGGGAUUCCGUUGCAGCAGCCGUCGCCGCAGAUGCAGUUGCUGCAGCAAGCGAAGGUGACCCAGUGCUCCUUGGGAAGCCUGCAAAUGGAAAUUCCAAGAAAGAUGCAAACCAAAACUUAAGGCUUGUUGUGCAGGUCAGACACAGCGCAGGCUUCCACGGAGUGGCAAAGCACAAAUUCAAGAUUUUGUGGACUUCAAAAUGCCCAUCACAAGGGCGCUUGGGGAGACUAUCGGGGGACUCAUCGUGCUCUUCUGCCUCUCACAACGACGCUGAGUUGCUGCUGGAGCAGCCCGAUGUGGGCCUGGCCCCUGGGCAGAUCGCCGCCUUUUAUAGGGGCGACGAGUGCGUAGGCUCGGCGCGGAUUUCUUCCCUGCAAGGCUUACCUGUGUUGAAGGCGAUCCUGGGGAUGGCGAAUUGA